AUGUCUCGUGCCUCACUCGGCAAGCGGACGAGGUCUGUCCACGAUCAAGCUGCUGCCGAAGCAACUUUUCUCACGAUUUGUCCAGACGAGGCCCAGCUUCCCGCCAAGCGCACCAGACGACAAACCCGAGCUGCACUGAACAACGACGAGAACGCAGACCCUGAGGGAGCAGCCACGCCCGAGCUCGACUGCCAGCUUGACGACGACGAUGCCUACGUGGAACCGGCUUCGAAGAGAAUCAAGCGUUCCCGCUCCCAAACCUUCCCGAAGACGAUGCCAAUUACGCCUCAGACCCCACGACACCGUGACGUCUUCGCCAACUCUCCCUCCACGCCCCGGCAGGUGGUUAAGUCUGCCGGGAAGCUCUUCCAGAGGUUGACGCCUCAGUCUCCUCUCACGCCCGGCUCUCUUCAGACCGUUUAUCACUCUGCUCGACAGCUCUUUGCCCGGGGUGCCGAUCCGGGCCAGCUUGUGGGACGCGAGAGGGAGCGAGAGCAAUUGGCUCAUUUCGUUCAACGAUGCUCUUCCUCGACGCCGAACGGAUGCCUCUAUGUCAGCGGCCCCCCUGGAACGGGAAAGAGUGCAAUGGUCAAGGAGAUCACAGAAGAGUUGACGCAGUCACCCGCGGUACGACAAGCAUACGUCAACUGUAUGAGCGUCAAGUCUUCCAAGGAUCUUUACAACACCCUGUUGGAGCUCCUGGGUUACGACAGCGACCUCUCCGAAACUCUGGCCAUGGAAGAGUUGCAGAAGGUAUUCGUUACCAAGAAGAAGGACUCACCUGUUUACCUGCUUGUCCUGGACGAGAUCGAUCACAUCUUGACUAUGGGCCUGGAGAGCUUGUACCGGUUGUUUGAGUGGUCUCUGCAGCAACCGUCUCGGCUUGUUUUGGUCGGCAUUGCGAACGCACUCGAUCUCACGGACCGUUUUCUGCCACGGCUCAAAUCCAAGAACCUCAAACCAGAGCUUCUUCCUUUCCACCCGUACUCGGCCGCCCAGAUCAAGAGCAUCAUAACCACGCGCCUGAUGACUGUGUUGCCAAUCGACAACAAGGACAAGACACUCCCCUUUUUUCACCCCGCAGCCAUUGAACUGUGCUCAAGAAAGGUGUCGAGCCAGACGGGAGACUUACGCAAAGCCUUCGAAAUUUGUCGACGCGCGCUGGAUGUUGUCGAGUCAGAGACCAGGCGCCAACACGAGGAUGAGGCAAGGGAGAAAGUUCUGCAGAUGACACCGUCUCGGAAGCCUCUCGGCGAAAACACCAACAUGGCCGGCUCCAGCGGGUCCUCAAGGAGCGUCUCUCACGUCGCAGCAGCGUCCCUCAAGGCACUGACGAUCGAGAAUGCCCCGCGAGUGCUCCUGAAGCAUUUGAACCAAGUCACACAAGCAGCGUUCAGCAACGGAACCAACCAGCGACUGAAAGCCCUCAACCUCCAGCAAAAGGCGGCACUCUGCUCGUUGGUUGCCCUCGAAAAGCGCAACCGAGCGGCAAAGAUGGCUACUGGCCUGACCACACCUACCAAGUCGCAGACGCUGGCACCUACAGUCAAGACUCUGUACGACACGUAUUCUGUUCUUUGCACACGUGACUCAGUUCUGCACCCGUUGUCAAGCUCUGAGUUUCGAGAGGUCAUGGGAAGUUUGGAGACAUUGGGUCUAAUCAACCCUGUUGAUGGAAAGACGGGCGGUCUUGUGGUGACACAGACACCAAGCAAGAGAGGACGAAAGUCUGCGCUUCCUACAGGGGGGGAAGACAGGCGAGUGGCCAGCUGCGUCGGCGAAAAGGAAAUGGAAAAUAUUGCCGAGGGCGUUGGUGCAGGAAUUCUGUCGAGCAUCCUCAGCGGCGAUGCGUUGGAUUGA